UUGCAGCGACUCCAACCACAUGUCUUAAUGAACUUGAGUGAGAAGCAGAGAACUAGAGAGAAAAUUCUCUGCGUGUAGUGAAAACAGUUCUAGAUGGAGGAAAGUUUUAAUUGGUUUUUCUUUCAUCGCAUUUCCUAAGAAAUUGCGACCAAGGAAGUGGUGUGGCUGAAAUAAAGAAAGAAAAAAUAUACGAACACAAAAAUUCAAUAUUUCGACAGAAGAAGACGUUUUCUUAAAACAUUAAAACUAUUCGAGAAAAAGAACUAUCAUCCAUUUAGCUUAUUUGUAGCAGCUGGGGCGUUACAGGUUAAGAAGACAUCGCUAACAUUCUGCAGCAUCGGAAACAAGGGUAGCAAAAACAACAGCUGUCUCGACGACAAAAGUAGCCGUAGAUAGUUCAAAGACCAUUGAAAUGAACACAAAAGCUGACGUCAACAGACGAGUUCUGGCCAUUCAAGCCAAGAAAAAACGACAUAAGCCCAACAAGAAGCGUGGUAAACAGAAUGGUGUGGUUGGUGGUUCCGGCAGUGGUGUUAGUCAGACACCGGGGAAUUCUAAUAAUAGCAACCCAAGUGGUGCUCCACCAACAUCACCUAUUUCGCCUGAAUGUGAAAUAACUGCGAAAAUGUCUAAAUCAUUUAGUGGAGCUCCAUCCACAAGUGGUACAGGUUCAUUGGCUGCUAAUACGCCCGCUACAGGCUCUUCUAAUAAUUUAGAUGAUAUUUCACAUGUGAGAGGUUCAGUAAAUAACACCAGUGCCGGCGGUGGCACUAGUGGAGGAGGAAAAAAGUACUCAUCUAGCUAUCAGCAGCAGUUAUUGCAGCAACAGCAACAUCAACCACAGCAAAAGUGUGUGAACAAUUUCCAUGUACAGCCACAAUUUCAGAGUGUACAGCAGCAGCAAUAUGACGAUGCUCAGACUCAGCAGCAGCAGCAACAACAACAAUAUCAAUACCCGCCACGGAGUUCAUCGAACGAUUCGGAAGAUUCUGAAUUGAAUAGUGAAAAUGAGGAGCAAGAAUUGAAGGAAGACUAUUGUAAAGGCGGCUAUCAUCCUGUAAAUAUUGGCGAUCUCUUUCAAGGCCGUUACCAUGUUGUACGCAAAUUGGGAUGGGGCCAUUUCUCCACCGUUUGGCUGUGCUGGGAUUUGCAGGAGAAGCGUUACGUGGCCAUAAAAAUUGUAAAAUCCGCUCAUCACUUUGCCGAGACGGCAAAGGACGAAAUCAAGAUACUCAAAUCGGUGCGCGAUUCGGAACCCAGUAAUCCGCGUCGCCAGAAGACAGUGCAGCUGCUGGAUGACUUCAAGAUCACUGGUGUAAACGGCACACAUAUUUGCAUGGUGUUCGAGGUGCUUGGCGACAAUUUGUUGAAACUCAUACGCAAGUCUAAUUACCGGGGCAUUCCCAUUGAGAAUGUAAAGUCUAUUACACGCCAGGUGUUGGAGGGUCUGGACUACUUACACACCUGCUGCAAGAUCAUACAUACCGACAUUAAGCCAGAGAAUGUGUUGCUCUGUGUUGAUGAACAGUAUGUGCGUUCGUUGGCCAACGAAGCCACCGAGCUGUAUGUCAUGAAUUAUAAAAUGUUUCCAUCGUUUGUUAGUCGGGCUCCCAAGGAGUAUCGCGAACCACAAAUUACCGGCAAGAUGAGUAAAAACAAGAAAAAGAAACUAAAGAAAAAGGCAAAGAAACGUUUGGAGUUGUUUAAGAAGCAAUGGGACUAUUUGGAACAGAGUGGUGGUGGCGCGCAGGAGGGCGGAGAAGCGCCAGCCGAGGCUGACGAUGGAACAUUGUUGACAAACGAAGGAUUUGGCGAUGGCGACAAUGAACAGCGUGCGCGCUUGAAAGGUGGCAAAUUGGUUAAUGGCGAUGUUUCCGAUCCGGAGGACGGUCACGAAGAGGAUGAGGAUGGCGAUGAUGAAGGUGCAGAACAAGAUGUCAAUGCAGAGGACAAUGCCGCCGAUGGCGAUGCAGAUGACGACGAUGAAGAGGAACAGGUGCUCGUACGCGACAGCAACAACUCGAACACUAAUUCACCACGAAAACAACAGAAACAUUCGGCAAGCCAUGCUGCAACAGAGCAUGUCAUCACCAACAGCAUUUCUGGAGAGAAAAAGAAAAAGAAGAAGAAAAAUAAGAAAAACUCUGGACAUCAGCAACAACACCAGAAGGAAAAAGAAAAUCAACAGCAGCAAAUCGAUAACAAAUCAUCAUCGAGCAGUGAUAGCCACACCAUAAAAGACGAGUUGAAUGAUUCGGGUAGCUCUUCGCCAACCCUAAAAGGACAAUCAGCAAACAAGAAAAAUGCAGCGACCAAAAGUGCCACCGCAAAGGCAUCGAAAAUGCAGAACAAUAACAUAAAGAACAACAACAAUACUAACACGUCGAAUACGAAUCUGACACCUCACAUUAAACAGAACGCCAAUAAUAAUGAGAAAAUUAUUAAUUGCACAGUGACAACAGCUGCACCACAGCAAUCCAAAUCCGAGCCGGUAAUAUAUGCGCCCGCAUUAGCUUCACCUCCGGCCGUAAAGCCAACUCCUCGCAGGGACCCCGCUCUGGAGCCGUGUAAGUUUGAUGUGAAAAUCGCCGAUUUAGGCAAUGCCUGUUGGGUUGACAAACACUUCACCGAGGACAUUCAAACCCGCCAGUAUCGCUCGCUGGAGGUUAUACUGGGUGCCGGCUACGACACAUCAGCGGAUAUUUGGAGUACCGCAUGCAUGGCUUUCGAGCUGGCCACUGGCGACUACCUGUUCGAGCCACAUUCAGGCGAGAAUUACUCACGGGACGAGGAUCACAUUGCACACAUUAUCGAAUUAUUGGGGCCCAUACCCCACAAUAUAAUACUACGCGGGGCGUAUGCAUCGCAAGCUUUUAACCGCAAAGGUGAGCUGCGCAACAUCACCGGCUUGAAGCCAUGGGGCUUGGUGGACGUGCUAUCGGAGAAGUACGAAUGGCCACGCGAAGAUGCUGAAGCCUUUGCUGAUUUCCUCAUACCAAUGUUGGUAUUCGAUCGGACGAAGCGUGCAACGGCUGCGGACUGCCUGAAGCAUCCGUGGCUGAGAUAAAAUACAAUGAUUUGCUGUUGCGCGCAUGCGCCAGCACCAACCCUAACACCACCACCAUCAGAGCCGGCAAUGCCGUUGCCGCUAACGCCAUCCGCAACACUAAUGUCACUGUCCCUAUCGCCCUCGCCAUCACCGUCAAAUGCGAUGCAUUCCACGCACCUCACUUCCCGCAACGCCGGAAGUGGCAUGUUGGUGGUAGCGGCCAUGGCCGAACUGGAUGUGGUACAGUGCACAGCGUUGCGCAAACCACUGGCGGCAACCAAAACAACUUCGCUGCCAUUGCCACUACUGUCGCAUAAGCGCGCCACGCGUUCGGUGUCGGGCGGUGCAGCGACACCCUCAUCGUCGGCGGCUGCCUCGGCAGUGGGUCAAACGCUCUGCUGGCGCAAUACGCUGCGACGCAUGUUUCAGCGAAAGUGACGUUGGCUGUUACGUGCGCGGCGGCGACGUCAACGUGAGCGCGCACUUUGGCAUUGUCGUUGGCGUGGGCGUGGCAAGCGGCGUCGUGUGGUGGUGUUGGCGUUGGCGCACGCGCGCUAUUAUUGAUAGAAGUUUAGAUUUGGAUUGAAUAUUUAUUUAAACAAAAUACUAAUAACAAUAACAAUAAUUUAAAAUAUUACAAAUAAUACGAAUGAGGCGUACAUUAAUAAACGAUGCACAUAAUAUGGAGGUCGGAUGUUUCGUACGCAAUGUUGACGUAGUAGCCGAUGCAGCAGAACGGGCACAGUAGACGAACGAAGAAAAUCACAGCAGCACAACAACAACAAAUUGCAUACAAGAGAAUCAAUCAAAAAGCAUAUUCUCUCAUAGAGUUUUUAUUUCUAUUUUUAUUUUUAUUUAUCAUUUAAUGUUUUUAUUACUGUGCAAUUUGCUUCUAUAUAUACAUACAUAAUUACUUUAUUUAUGAAACUGAAAUCAGAAACAGAAGUAAACACUUUGUAUCUUAUUAAAUUUAAGACGAUUUGCUAUUUUUUUGCAAAUUUUAAUAUUCCCGCAGAAGAGUAUUUAGCUAGAGCGGAAGAAAUUUGUUUGAUUCAAAGACGAUUUCGGACAUUAAUUAGUAAAAUUCAUUUGUAAGAUAAAAAACGCUUUGACGCGAGAUAAAAAAUGCUUUAGAAACUAAAAAUUGUAUUCGAUAAAUCUAUGAAAUUCCUGCAAAAUGCUAAACGAAUCAAUGUAAAAUUAUGUUUGACACAGAAUUCUAUUUAUAUCAAUUUUCUUUUUCCGUUUUUGUUUUUUGCAAAAUAAACUUAAAGCAGAAGCUGAGUUUUCCCAGCCUUAGGUGCUGCUUAUUGUUCUUCA